UUCUAUAGGCGCGUAUUUGAUGCAAUGCAACCGUAACGCGUACACAUCAGCAACAGUACAUGUACAUGUGAUUCAAAGUUACUCAACUGCUGUGCGAGAACUCGCUCGUUUUGAUCGCCGGCUGGGAAGGGUUUCUUAUUACCGGUUAAGUGCUUGAAAAUGACCGAUGAACAAGAACAGGUUGGUCUCUCAUCUCUCUAAGCCUUGGCAAGGACCCACCAGUACUGUAGAGGAGCCUCUGGAUCUCAUUCGGCUAAGCCUGGAUGAACGCAUUUAUGUUAAGAUGAGGAAUGACAGGGAGCUGAAAGGCAAGUUGAAUGCAUAUGACCAACAUCUUAAUAUGAUCCUUGGUGAUGUAGAAGAGACAGUGACAACUAUGGAGAUUGAUGAAGAGACAUACGAAGAAAUCUAUAAGACCACUAAAAGAAAUAUAUCCAUGCUCUUUGUUCGGGGAGAUGGAGUCAUACUGGUUUCACCACCACUACGAUCUGGAGCUCUGUAGCCUUCACCUGUUACUAAUCGAACUGAGAUGCUUAUGUAUGCAUUGUACAUGUUGGGUUAAAUUUGUGAGUAUACUGUAAUUCUGUCAGCUGGAGGAGAGCCCAUACAGCUUCAAUCAUUGCUUUACAGUGACUCCCUAUCAAAUUCAUUAUUUUUUCAUUAUUUUUUGCAAGAUUAUUCUUUCUUUUUUUUUGCACAAUGUUUGAAUGCAUCACCAUUUUGUUUUCGUUUCUAAAUGCGGCAUAGUAUCUGGACAAGAAGUGGUCCUCAAAAACAGCUCAUGCUUCAACAUACUUUCUCAUCUGAUUUCAAUUUUUUCUUUUGUCAGUGUAUCCAAUGUUUUUCUUAUUACAAGCAUUACAGUUUCAGAAAUUGCUUGCUGAGUUUGUCUACCAUAGUAAAAGCGAUGACUUCACAUCUCUUAUUAGCCAUAUGACAGCUACAUGUAUGUAAAGUGCAUCAUGGCAGAGCUUCAUCUGAUUUUUAAACCGUUGUUGGGGCUUGUGACCAGCAUUCCAAGCCCCAACAAAGACCCAGUAGUGUCGAAAAUUUGGUUUUUCACAUUGGUGGCCACUUCUUUUUAACUUUCUUCUUCCUAUUGUGUUGGCUUAUAUUGGCCUCGCUGUCCCAUCUCCACAUUCUACAUUUACUGCAUACUGCAGUUACAUGCCCUGCAUUUGGAUAAGUGAUUCAUGCCAUGUGAUCUACAUUUCACCAAUCAGAUGAUGAAGCUCUGUUCAGGCAGUGUAGAAAGGUUACAUUCUCCACUUUCAGAAGGGAAAUCAUUCUAAGCACUCUCAGAAGUGCUUAGCAGGAGGUCGUGGGUUCGAGUC